UAAUACACUCCCCCUACACCCCAUUCGAACCCCCAAAGAGAUAAGAAAGCAAGGGAAUCCACACAACCCAAGAGAGAAGGAAGGAGGAGAGCAGUCCGCAGGUUCGUUCUUCAGUGCGUAGCUCUGAUUGUUUGAGCCAUAACUUGAGAUUUACUCAUCCAAAUAAGGCGUGCGAGAUACCAAAAGAAAUCUCUCAAGACGAGGAAUCCGUGAAGGUCUGGUUUGCAUCAAUCGGAGUAGUCGAAGGCUUCCAAAUCGACCGAGCAAAACACGACCUCGCAGAAUACGUUUUUGUAUUCAAAACCAGAGAUGGAUCGAUUUUUCUGUCGCUGACUAACUUCAUCACCGUACUCCGUCGCUAAUGUCUACCGACAGAUUCAUCGUCCAGAGCUACAACACGAACCGUUCCAAGAGGUCAAUCGAUUGUAGCAGUACUUAGUCACCCUUCUCCGUCGCCUUACUGCCAAGCCGCCUAACUCUGUCUUCUCGUCUUACAACUGGACUCAGCCACGGAUACAGCUUCUUGGUUUGGAACUCUCCUGAAUUUGCGCGACUUCUCCUCUCAAUUUCAGCGACGAGCCUACUUCGCCUAUGAUAUGGAUGAAGAUGAAGAGCAGCCUCUGCUACGGGCUCAAAGUUUUGAAAGACAGAAUGUCAAAAACGAUAGAAAACCUCUUUCGAAGUUUGAAAGCUCCAAGGAGGAUGUGAAUGAAGAGCUGGAGAGGUGUGGUCUGGUGGUUGUCAAAGAGAAGAGGGUAAAAAUGAAAGCAAAAGCCCCAGUAAAAAUGCAAAGGACUAGGUCGGUUGCCAAAAAGAGAAGAGGUCAAAGUGCUAACUUGCAGAUGUUUUCCAUUUUGGUUGAGAACUGUUUAGGUGAUGAAGGCACAAUCAGCCAAGAUGCUGAAAUAUUUGGGUUCAAAACUAAAUCUGUGUUUAACAAGGAUGUUUGCCAGUUGGUCAUCAACUUUGAGGAGGUUACAAACUCUAUAGUUGAGAUUUGGGCGAGGUACCUGCACGAAGAAAUGGUGAAUGAAAGUGGGGAGAUACUGGUUCAGUUUGGUACUUCUGUUGCGGUGUGCAUACCAAAGAAGCCAUCGCUGCAAUCGGUUACAAGAAGGUCACAAUACAUAGCUGAUCUUUUAGGCAAUGCGUUGCUUGGACAGAUCACAUUAAUCCCCUAUAAUACCGGCAAUCAUUGGGUGUUGGUUGCAAUUGACCUGGCAAUGCAAACGGUGUAUUACUUGGAUUCUAUAGGAGGAUCUCCACCAGAAGAUUUGGAAAUAAUAGUGAACCAAGGAGUGAGGAUUCAUCACGCCUCAACUUCUAAGAACAGGAUGAAUCUGAAAUGGGUGCGAGUCAUGUGCCCUAAGCAAGCUGGAGCAAUGGAGUGUGGUUAUUUUGUUAUGAUGUAUAUGAAAGAUAUAGUAUCAGAUGUCAAAGUCUUGAAGCAAAAUUUCUCUAAAAUAAAGGAGUACACUGAAGGUGAUAUAUUGGGAAUACGUGAGGAGUGGGCUUCGUAUGCAGCUACUUUGAUAAGAAUGUUGAUGGAUGCCACUGCUAUGAAGACUUGAUGAUGUGAAGACGAUGUUUAAUUCCGAAUUGCAUGUUAUUGGCGUUGUGCAAUUAAUUUUGCUAUAUAUAUGUAGGACAUGGACGCGUAGGCGGCUCACCUUUUGGGACUAACCGUGUAGUUGCUUAGAAUUCCAUUAACUCUGUUGUAAAAUGAUCACUUUGGUAUUGGAUGUUGCUGGAUUUGUUGUCGAGGCUCCAGCCAGUAAUUUUUGGGUUUGCCUACCUAGAAUGCAAACAUCCACUGCAAUGUAGCUUUAGGUUUGAAAUGAAUAUUGUAUUUUAAAUUGGUAUUAAAUUAUAUUUUGAGAUUUAAUGAAGUUUACUGAAUAUAUUUCUAAAUA